CAAAACCCAACUGAACCAAAACCUAGUUUUGUCCAAAAACCCAAAGCACAAACGCCCUUUCCCCUCCCUCGCUUCCCUUUCCACCAUUUCGUCGAACACCUUCUCCGAUCGCGCGCCGCCGCCCAUGGCGGAGCCCUCCGACGCGGCGGCGGCAGCCGUCUCCGCUCGAAUCCUGGAACUCGCGGCCGACGACGACGUGGCGGCGCUCGGGGACCUCCUCGCCGCGCACCCGUCCCUCGCCGACGAGCCCGCGCCGUGGUACUCCCCGGCGCGCGGCGCAGAGCCCAUGACACCGCUCAUGGUCGCCGCGGCUUACGGGUCCGUGUCCUGCCUCGACGUCCUUCUCUCGCCGCCCCACCUCGCCGACCCCAACCGCGCCUCCCCAUCGUCCCUCUCCACCGCGCUCCACCUCGCCGCCGGCGGCGGCGCGCCCUCCGCUCCUGCUGCCGUAUCCCGCCUCCUUGCCGCCGGUGCCGACCCGACCCUCCUCGACCACCUCCACCGCCGGCCGUCCGACCUCGUCGCCCUUCCCCCCAACUCGCUCCCCCUCAAGAACCACCUCCUCUCCCUCCUCGGGGCCCGCAAGGAGUGGCCGCCGGACCCCUCCCUCCCAGAUAUAAAGAACGGGGCCUACGCCUCCGACGACUUCCGCAUGUACUCCUUCAAGGUGCGCGCGUGCUCGCGGGCCUACUCCCACGACUGGACGGAGUGCCCCUUCGUCCACCCCGGCGAGAACGCGCGGCGGAGGGACCCGCGCAAGUACCACUACAGCUGCGUGCCGUGUCCGGAGUUCAAGAAGGGCGCUGCCUGCCGGAGGGGGGACAUGUGCGAGUACGCGCACGGGGUGUUCGAGAGUUGGCUCCACCCGGCACAGUACCGGACGCGGCUGUGCAAGGACGGCGUCGGGUGCGCGCGCCGCGUCUGCUUCUUCGCGCACACACCGGAGGAGCUCCGCCCGUUGUACGUGUCGGCGGGGUCGCGCGGCGCGAUGGAGAUGGCAGCGGCGAUGGGGAUGGGGCUGCCGUCGCCGGGGGCGUCGUUCACGCCACCUGUGUCGCCAUCCGGCGGGGGGAGCGGAGUAGCGGGCGCGUGGCCGCAGCCUAGCGUGCCGGCGCUGUGCCUGCCCGGGAGCGCGGGGAACCUGCACCUCAGCCGGCUGCGCACGUCGCUGAGCGCGCGCAGCGUGGCGGUGGGCGAGCUGCUCACCUCGGCGGAUUACGACGGCCUCGUCGGGUCGCCAGCCUCCGUGCAGUCGGCGAGGGGAAAGACGCUCGUGCCGUCAAAUCUUGACGAUCUGUUCUCCGCUGAGAUGGCUAGCGCCGCGGCGUCUCACUCGCCGCGGUACGCAGACCAGGGGGGCGCUACUUUCUCGCCGACACACAAGGCCGCCAUGCUGAACCAGUUCCAGCAGCAGCAAAGCUUGCUAUCUCCUCGGGCCAUGGCUGCUGCAGUUAUCCCAGAGCCAGUGUCUCCGAUGAGCUCCCGGCUCCUUGCGGCCCUUGCGCAUCGGGAGAAGAUGCAGCAGCAGACGCUGAGAAGCAUGAGCUCUCGCGACCUUGGCUCGGGGGCCUCCCUCCUGGUCGGAUCACCAGUGGGCUCAAGCUGGUCCAAAUGGGGAAUUCCCUCUGGCACCCCAGAUUGGGGUGCCGAUGAUGAGGAGCUUGGCCGCCUCAAGCGGUCCUCGUCGUUUGAGCUGCGGAGCGGAGUGAACGACGAUGAGCCGGACCUCUCAUGGGUCAAUACGCUGGUGAAAGAGCCAACGCUGGAGAAGCCGUCCAUUGGCACUUUGGGUCAGGCAGCAAGCCAUGAGGGUAUCAGCAACGAUGAUGACACUGCCGGGGUCAUCGGUGGCUGGCUCGAACAGCUCCAGCUGGAUGAGAUGGUAGUCUAGAGUAAACACAAACACAAAUGAAUCAAGAAAGGUGCCAUUAUUUUUUGCUGUGAUUCACCGGUUGCUGCUGCUUACUAAUUAUCUACUAGCCUCAUAUCUUGCUAAUAGUUGCUGGUGAUACAUUCUUUCGGAGUUGGUUAGUGUAGGUGUUGAGAUUUCCACCACCAAUUAGAGUUCUCCACAAGUGAAAGAACCGGAGGGAUUGGAUCCUGGUCAAUUUGUAUCAAAUUGCCAACUUGGCUAGGUGAAAAUUCUCUCCUUGUACCUUCCCUCUUUUGCUGAUCAUUCCAAAGGUGACUUCCUCCCUGUGAGGAUUGUGAAUUAUGUAUGCUUGUACCAGUAUCUACUUGGCCCCAUCCUUUGCUUCUUGUGAAGCAGUAGGAGGGGAGAAGGAGCCUUGCUUGCAUCAAAUCCUUCUUAGGCCUGUCAUGUGGCUCAUGAUUGGUGUAAACACCCUACUGUUGUACUACUCAGGAUUGAUGACUGAUGUAAAAUGCCCUAUUGUUGUACUCAGGAUCAUGGUUGAUGCAAAAUGCCUUUAUUGUUGUA